GCCCGCCCAGCUGGGUCCGAUGCGCAGGCGCAGGACUACAGGCCGCGUGGGGGGGAAGGCGGCCCUGGGCCAGUGGGGCCCGCAGCGGGAUAUUCCAGGGCGGCGAAGGCGAAGUUGUGAUUCAUCUUCCAGACCUGGAGGGCAAGGCUCAGUGCUGCCCAGGAAGUGGCCUGAAAAGCCAUCUCUGGCACCGGAGUCUUCCAAAUACCUGGCCUCCUCUCAGCGAGCGGAGAGGAGGAAAUAUCACCGAGGGUUUACCAUCUCGGGAUUGCAUGGCUUUCUGUACCGGGCUCCGGGGCCCCUUCGCCCAAGUGAGCAGAGCCCUCAGCCAGCGCUGUUUCAGCACCACUGGGAGCCUCAGUGCGAUUCAGAAGAUGACUCGGGUGCGCGUGGUGGACAACAGUGCCCUGGGGACCACCCCGUACCAUCGCCCCCCUCGCUGCAUCCACGUCUAUAACAAGACCGGGGUGGGCAAGGUGGGUGACCGGAUCCUGCUGGCCAUCAGGGGGCAGAAGAAAAAAGCGCUCAUCGUGGGGCAUCGCAUGCCUGGUCCCCGCAUGACCCCCAGGUUCGACUCCAACAACGUGGUCCUCCUUGAGGACAACGGGAACCCUGUGGGGACCCGAAUCAAGAUACCCAUCCCCAGCAGCCUGCGCCAGAGGGAAGGCGAGUUUUCCAAGGUGCUGGCCAUUGCUCAGAACUUUGUGUGAGCAGACCCAGGGUGCCAGCCAGGGGCUUGUGGAUGGAGCCGUUCUGAGAACUGUGCCUCUGCUGAGAGGGAGCCCUGGGAAUAGUGUCCUGUGGGAGAAUAAACAUUUUCUUGUACGUUUGA